AUGGGUGAUAAACCGUUACCAUCAUCGUUCGAUGACGAUCCCGACUUCUUCGAGGACAAUGCCUGGAAGAAGCUGGGACGGCGACUGAAGGAGGAGCCACUGGUUCCCAUAGGAAUCGGUGCCACCUGCUACGCGCUGUUCCGUGCUUAUCGAUCUAUGAAAUUGGGUGACUCCGUACAAGUGAAUCGAAUGUUCCGCGCUCGUAUCUAUGCACAAGCGUUUACCCUUCUCGCCGUAUGCGCCGGCAGUGUAUAUUAUAAGACUGAGCGGGAUCAGCGGAAACAGUUGGAAAAGGCAAUGGACAUAAAGAAACAGCAGGCGAAGCGGGACGCUUGGCUGAAGGAAUUAGAAGUCCGAGAACAGGAAGAUAAGGACUGGCAGAACAGACAUGCUACCAUUGAGCAAGUUGCAAAAGGCGCAGAGCUAAAGCCUUCAGCAAUGGAGCGGGCCCCGGAUGCCGCGGUAAAUGAAAAGUCGGAGGAACCGGCAACAAAAGAGUCUGGGGACAGUAAAGGCGGAUCAGGCGGUGUUCUUGCGGCCGUUAAGAGUUUGGCAUGGGGCUCAAAAUAG